GAGUUGACCAAAAUGCUGUAUAAAUCAGCACUCGGUAGCUACCACCAAACUACAACUUCACAAAAAUACAAACUUCAAUUUGCUUGCUAUUGAAAUUCCGGCAACCAUGUCAACCAUCGACACCCCGGAGGCGCCCUUAAAGUCGUCAGGUGCACCGGAGUACUCGAGUACUAAAGGUCUGGUGGUUGAUGUGGCUCUAAGGGUCUUGCUAUUUGCAACAGCCUUGGUUGCUAUCAUUGUUAUGGUCACUUCUAAACAAACCAAAAUGAUUCCAGUUGCACCAGGUCUUGUAGUACCCAUGACUGCAAAAUUUACUCAGUCCCCAGCUUUCAUAUAUUUCAUAGCAGCAGUCUCGGUUGCUUGCUUGUACAGCAUCAUUACGGCUGCGGUAUCGGUUUUGGCUCUCAUGCGAGGAGGAAUAUCUACAAAGAUGCAGUUUCAUUUCGUGAUGUUUGAUGCUCUGCUACUAGGAAUUGUGGCUGCAGCCACAGGAGCAGCAGGCGGAGUCGCAUACAUUGGAUACAAGGGAAACACUCACACUCGAUGGAACAAGAUAUGUAAUACGCACGACUCCUUCUGCUUCCACAUUGCAUCCUCUCUUGUGCUAUCACUCAUAUCAUCGAUCGCACUUUUGCUUCUUGUUUGGCUCUCCCUUUAUGUACUUUCCAAGAAGAUUGCAAGGCGUUAGCUGAUCGAAACGCUGAUUAUUUCUCAUGGACCGACUGUUUUGAUGUUACUUAUUGUUCAUUUCGUCGUCAUUCUGUAUAUGUUUUCCUUUUAGUUGGCUUGUUAUUGAUAUCAUUGGUUAAUUAAUUUGUCUUACAAAAGCGUUAAGGUCCUAAGUUGCACAAGAGUGUAGAUUUAAGAAAUUCUAAGAGUCUCAACUUCUUUUCAUAGUUG